AUGUCAUCAAAUAAUUCAUCAAGAUAUGUAAAGAAUGAAAACAGAAGACCACCACCAACAAUGUGCGAUAGUGUCAGAGCUGCUUCUUUAAAAUGCUCUGAAACAAAUUCAAAAUAUGAUUGCCAAAUUUUCUUUGAAGCUGCCACUAAAUGUAGAUCUGAAAAGACAAAAUUAGAAGAUGAAGAGAAAAAUAUUAAAAAAUAUUUAAAUGGAGAAUUAACAGAUACACAAAGAAUAUCUUUGCAAAAUAGGAUGGACGAAAUUAAAAUUAUAAAAUCUAAACAAUAUCCAGUACCAAAUUAA